CUACUCAAUCGCAGCUCAAGAACCCAAACUUAACCAAACCAAUUCGUGCAUUCUCACCAUGAGGAUCUUAGAGACUUACCCAAGGUCCUUGUUGAGGCUGGUGACCGUCGAGUGAAGGGAGAAAAUGGAGGAAAAAGCUUGGAGAAGAGGGACAAAGCUGCAGCUCCUUGUGGCUUCACCAAACAAACCGAGAGAGAUUAAGAACAGCUCGAAUCCUUCGUGCAUGCGCAAAAAGAUUGGAUGAAUGGGAAGCUUAGAAGCUAGGGCACACAAUGGUACCAUAUACACACCUUGAUUUUUGCUUCUUGAGGGAUGAUUUGAGGGAGAAAUGAAGGGGGUUUGAGAGGGGGAGCUGCUGCUCUUUGGGCUGGGCGUUGGAGAGAGGGAGUGAGAGUGAGGGGGUAUGAAGGAGCUGCUGCUGCAGCUGAAAGGAGAAGGAGGAGGUGGUGGGGCCACCCAGCUCAUGUGGGCCCACAUAUGAAUAUCAGCUUGUUGUCACAGAUACAACCUGGAGGAUAUACCUAUGUCCUAUGUGUUAGAAUGUUAAGGAUGUGGAAAUUCGGAGGAAGAAAUGAUGACGACCCACCAGUAAAGCACCUUGAUCUUGUUGUCAUAGAUCAAAAGAACGAAAUCUGAAUUUAUCAUGUCUGCCAACGUUACCUUCUACUGGGAGUAUCACACAUCUACAUGAUCACUUGUUCUGAUCCUACUACAACAGGGAAAAUUGUUGUCAUGAGGAAGAUCACAGUUGAAAGAGCGACACCUGGAUUCAGGGUAGUUCGAAAUCCUCGUAUGAUCAGGUUGAAUAGGAGAACUGAAAUAGCUGAAGUGCAGAAUGAGCCUCCUGAUUUUCUGAAAUACACAUUCUCUCUUACUGCAUUUCCGGACCUGUAUCAGCACACAAACAAAACAGAUCAAUUCCUAGAUGUCAUAGGCCAGAUCAUUUUGGUUUCCAAUACAGCAAGAGUGUUAACUAGUCAAGGAAAAUUACAGACAAAAAGGAUUAUCAACAUGCAGGAUCUCAGUGGCAAUCGAAUUGACCUCUCACUUUGGGGACCAAGGGCAUUGGAAUUCAAUGGAGAAUCAGUUUAUGAAAUCGGACAAAAAAAUCACAUUAUAGCUAUCUUUGUUGGUACUCCCAUGAAGUCAUACAGGGGAGGACCUCCUUUCUUAAGCAGAACUUCGGCUUGUCUUUGGUACAUAAACAACUUCAGAAAUCUUUCUUUUGGUGUAAAUACAACUUUAUAAACAGCAUGGUGAACAGCAUGGUCAAACAAUGUAGCAUAACGAACACCAUGGUCACAGUGUUACUCAUAGUUUGCUGUAAAUAACAUAGCUUAUCUGACUACUUAUUUUGGUCAGAUUCCAGAAGACCUCUACUUGUCUUCAACUUAUGUCUAGAGUACUCCUGAUUGAAUCUGCUUCUGGUACAAGGAUAUCACCAACUUCGUUCAGGAAACUUUCUUUUGGUGUAAAUCCAGUUUCAUAAGCAGCAUGAAAAAUAGGCUGGUCGAACAGUGGAGCACCACAACCGACAUAGUCAGAUAGUGAUGCUGAUGUUUUGCUGUAACUAGCAUAGCUUAUCUCAAUACCUAUUUUGCUCAGAUUCGAGAAGAACUGUGCUUGCCUUAAACUUAUGUGUACAGUUCUAAUCGAAUCUGCUACUGCUAAAAAAGCAGUGUAAUCUACAUAGCUACAAA